CGCAAUGCCGCUAACCGAUGUUUUGGAACUAAACAAAACAGAGUUGUUUGCUAAAAUACGCAACAGCUUGCCGGUGGUGCCACAAACACAGAAUCUACUGGACUGCAAAGAUGAUAUGUUGUACGCAUGGGAUGCCACUGGCUCUUGCCUGUUGGUCACAAAUUGGCGCGCGAAUUUCCUCGAGAAGGACCAGAAGCGUGCUAAAGUGAGCUAUCAGACGUUGAUACCAUCCAGUGCAGUUGGACUGCAUGUGGACCGAGUUGUGGUAUCUAACGAGGGAUCACUAGUGGCCUUAAGCGGAGCACAAGGCGUCUGCAUCAUCGAGGUGCCGCGACGCUGUGGCGCAGAUGGCUUAUUUUUGGAUGGCAAACGACAAAUUACGUGCCGAUCUUAUAAUCUGGAUGCGCAGCUGUUUCAAAACAAUCCACAACUGGAAGUGCGACAGCUUCGCUGGCAUCCAGAGUCAGUUUCGGAUUCCAUGUUGCUGGUGCUGCUGUCCAACAACACAAUACGAGUCUAUAAUCAUGCCAAGCUAAAUCAUGUGUGGAGAGUGGGUCCGCAUACAGUGAAGACGGCUACGAAUGUUUCACUUUCUGAUUUGGGCGAAUCAGCAGUGGAUUUUGAUAUGGCACCUGCUGUUAAAGCUGGAGAGCCUGAUGUCAGCUUAAGCCAAAGCAAAACAGAUGGCAAGGCCAAGCGCGACAAGGUGGAGUGGCCCAUUCUUAUUCUGCGUGAGAAUGGAAAUAUUUAUGUGCUGAUGGCUGGCUUAUAUUCGGAUUCGACGCGACUGCAAGGCCCAAUAACUAUAACACCACAGGCUAUGGCUAAUUAUGGUGUGGACUCUUGUGCUUUGAUGGUUAUACCAUCGCUGCCGCCUACAGUGGUCAUUGCUGAGUCUACAGGCAAGCUGCAUCAUGCCGUGCUGCUGGAGGCGGAGACAAAAGAGCAUUCUUUCACCGAGGUAGAUGACUCGUUGCUUAUAGAGCCAUCUGAGUGGACGCUGCAUGUGACUGAAACUGUUGAACUGGAGCUAGGACUUUCAGCAGCUAAAGCUAAGGGCGCUGGCAGCAGCUAUAACUGUCCGCUCCAUCUGAAGCGUGAUGUUAUCAACGAGCUACGCUACUUUGCCUAUCACAAUGCAGGUCUGCAUAUCAUAACUGUCAACUUUAUAUCAGAGCUGCAGCGUUUUCUGGACAGCGAAGCUGAGCAUGAUUUGUUAGUGCUAAGCACACCUUCGAGCGCGGAGUACAUACUCUGCACCAAGUUUGACUCCAGUGAGCAUAUCAAUGCCGUCUUGGGCAUCGCGCUGCUGCAAAUGCCCGCUGGACUUGUGUUGCUACUCAGCAGCGGUCAAGUUAUAAGCCUUAAGCUGGUAAUAGAUGCGCAGCUACUUAUGAGCGCCAAGCAGCAGCUAACACGCGAUACGGCCGAGACAACGCUGGAGCAGCAGCAGCUGGCAGGCAGUAAUUUCAUGGACAGCAUAAAGAGUUUGCUGCAGCGCAGCGUCAGCCAACCCAUACUAGCUGACAAGCUGGCCACGCCCACUGCGCAUGAACGCUACGAGCUGCUGAACCAAGCUAUCGAAGUGCUGCGCACACAGUAUCUAAAGCGCCAUGAGCUGGUGCGUGCCGAGUUUGCCAAGCGCAUCAAUUGCAUCAAAUUGCAAAAGCAGCAGCAGCUGCAGGAGAUCAAAAGUCUGGAGCAGGAGCGUGAAGUUAUUAGCGAGCGUGCGCAUAAGCUGGCCGAGCGCUUUGAGGAAAUUAGCGACAAUCAGGAGAUACUAGUGCGUCGUUGCCAAAAUCUUGUGCAACAGGCCAAUGCAGCACUGCCCAACAGUCUCGUAGCUGAACGUGAAUUCUCGCUGGAAGUGGCACGCAUUAACAAAGCCACACAGACUAUGGAAACUGCUUUGGAAACUGCCAAGCGCACACUAAACAAACAACGCUAUCAUAUAGCAAAGUCGCAGGAGCAGGGCAAGAAUGCCGCCUAUGAGCUGCCAGAGAAACAACAUCGCACUAUAACCGAAAUUCUAACGCAGCUGUCCAGUGAGCUGAAUCGUCAAAUUACAGAUAUAAAACGCAUUAACAAAAUUGUGGGUCUAUAAGCUGUUUCUACUUCGAAUGUAAGUUAAAUGUAUUUUGUGAUUCAUUGUUCAAUACACCGUAAUAAUUAUUGUUAAAAAGUAAACAAAUCCUU